AUGGAUGAUUUACGCAGCGGCGAUUAUCACAAGCUAGAACAAGAAGCGUUCGAACUCCGAAGCUUGGCGUCCUCAUUGGCAGUUGUGCGUGUGGCACAACUGUGCAGUUUCAUCGAAAACAAGUGCAGAUCUGGCAUCAAUGAAAGAGAUCACAUUGAGAUUGACUCUACAUUGCGAGUAAUGGAACUGGCGAACCAGUUCGCCCAAGAUUGGCUGGUGAAGGAGUUAUAUGCUCGAAGGGAAAGGCGUCGCUGA